AUCCACUCUCUCCACAAAUAUGCAGUACAACCAAGACAUUGACAAUGUCAUGAACGUCAAGAAGUUCAGCAAACUUGACAAGUUCCAACCGAAGAUUAAAAUUCCAGUGAAGUUUUUAUACAAGAUGCCGUUCUUAGAUGGUGAUAAAGAAGAGAGAAGGACUGUGCUUGAGAAGCCAAUAUUUGAGAACUCAGUUCUUUCUAAGAGUGUUCCUGAACUUAAAAAGAAAGAAGAUGAUCAGAAGAAAAGGACAUUCAUUUUACCUAAAAUUGGGAAUAAAAACUUUAUUCCAAACUCUGAGUUUCAACACCUUGAGGAUAAAAAGAUGAAAAGACUGGCUAAGAUUAGAGAUUUUCAUUCUCGAAAGAAAGAUCCACAGAGGAAGUCUCAACUUCUUGGGUCUCAUACUGAGAGAUCGGAGGUCAACUUAGAUCAUAGCCUUGAAAGCAUUGAUAGUGAUAACUUCGGGAUCAGAUCUCUUAUCGCAAAUGAUCAAAAGAAAAAGAAACAUUUCUUAUCAGUAGACUCCUUAGCUAAAAGAGUGCGUGAAAAUAAUAAGAAAUACAUUUCAAGAAACAAAGACAUCCUGGGGUUACCUAAAAUCUCUAAAAGCAAGCUAUCCAUCUAAAUCUAUAGAUUUCUUAACUCAAAAGACUGACCAGGCCUCAAAGAAGAAGAAGAAGGUCAAAAAAAAGACUAAGAAAGUGAUUCAGCCCCAAAAUGACGGCUUCAGCUUUGUCAACCAACAUUUUGACCCAAAUGUAUUAAGAUCUAUCAAAAAGUUACACAAGGGUUAUAAGAAAUUCAUCAAAAUCGAGGAAGAAAUCAAGGAUUACUUCUAUUACAAAGAGCCUGUCCAGAAGACCAAGAGCCCCGACCCUCAGAGGACCAAUUUCUUCUCUAAAGAGAGGUAUUUCUAGCCUGAUUUCCCACUAUUCCUGCUAUUUUGGUC